CCAAGCCAGCCACAGAGGAGAAGCGAGAGGGGUAGCAUGGCGGUUGACUAUGGGAGCAGGGAGGAGAGGUGGAGCCUGGCCGGCACCACCGCGCUCGUCACCGGCGGUAGCAAAGGGAUAGGGCAUGCCAUCGUGGAGGAGCUUGCCGGGUUUGGGGCGAGGGUGCACACCUGCUCCCGGAAUGGGGCGGAGCUAGAGGAGUGCCGUCGACGGUGGGGGGAGAAGAAUCUGCAGGUCACCGUCUCCGUCUGUGAUGUUUCCAUACGUGCCGACAGGGAGAAGCUUAUGGAAACAGUCCGAGAAACUUUCAAUAGCAAGCUUGACAUACUAGUGAACAAUGCAGGGCAAUUGCUCUUCAAGCCCACUACUGAAUGUACAAUGGAGGAAUACUCAAAUCUGCUGACCACCAACUUGGAGUCGAGCUUCCAUCUCAACCAGCUCGCACACCCUCUUCUCAUACACGCUUCUAUUGCCGGAGGAGGCAGCAUCAUCAACAUGUCCUCCAUUGGAGGCUCAAUUGGCUAUGCAGGCUCCACAAUUUAUGCUACCACAAAAGGUGCAAUGAACCAACUUACAAGGAGUUUGGCCACCGAGUGGGCCUCUGACAAGAUUCGUGUGAAUGGCAUCGCCCCAGGAUUUGUCACAACCGACAUGCUUAAAGAUAUGGAUACAGAGUACGUGAAGGAAGAGCACUCGAAGACCCCACUGGGACGGAGCGGCAAGCCGGUGGAGAUAGCCUCGGCAGUGUCAUUUUUGUGUAUGCCGGCAGCGUCUUUCAUCACCGGCCAGAUCAUUUGCAUCGAUGGUGGUCGAACCAUUAGUGCUUAGCCAUCACCACCGCUCCAUAAGUCAUUUGAAUAUUUGGCGAAUACCACCGUGGGAGAGUGAAAUAAUAAUAAUAAAUAUAAAUCAAUAAAUAAAUAAUGCCAACAAAUAAUUAACUCGCACCAUGGUGGACGUACGCCUUUCAAGAAAUGUCACGAGAUAGCAUAUGUGUACGUGCGCAAAUUUCUGCCUAGUCUUUGUGCUGGACAUAUGUAAUGGUGAUUCUGGUUAGCAACUUAAUUAAGAUGGAUUGUAAUG